AUGAUUCAGGAUCUCAUGGAAUCAUUGUCUUCACUUUGUUCACCUCGCCCAGAAUUGUAUGCGGCAUGGACAAUAAGGAUGAUAAAAGGAAAAGAAGCCAGCAAAAUCGACGUCAAGGAUUUAACAAAAUUCGUGUGUUGUAUCUUAUCUAUUUUGGAUGAGGCGCGCAAUUUUCGUGCAUCAAGCAGUCAUCGCCAAUUUUUACCUUCUGUGGAACGUAUAGUUAAUUAUGUGAAGAAAAUUGAUCCGGUUGAAUGCUUACUUACUUUACCAGUAGAAGUUGUGAAACAAUUGUUUGACAUAGCCCAUAACUUAAGUAGCCUCGACUAG